AUUGCAGACCAAACACAUCUAAGCUGUCAUGACAGCCUAUGAAGUGACAAGGGAACCAAAUCAGAUCCUAAAGAUGUCAGAUGAAGUCAACACACCACAGAGGUCAAUAAUGGACUUCUUCAAAACUCCUCAGAAAGAGCAGGUGACAUCAAAACCCAAAGAUCUUCUCGGCUUCUUUUGUAGAAAAGACAUCAGUAGUACAAAGAGAACUCCAGAUUUAAUCUGCAAUGGAAAGAACAUUCCUGAAACAAAAGAAAAUGUAUUGAACAAAGGAAAAGAGAAAAAAGAUGAAAAAGCAAAUCUUCCAAAGAAAAGAAAGAGAUCAACUUCAAAAGAUCAGGAUGCUUCUGAUGACAAUGCUAAUGACAAAACUUCAGGGAGGAAGAACAAGUUGAAAAGGAAGAAACAAGAGACAGUUAAAACAAAAGACAACAAGCAAACAACACCUAAAGGGGAAACAGUUAGUAGUGAAGUUAAAUCUGUAUGUAAUGACACAGAGGAGUCAAAGACCAAAAGUGGAACAAUUUUGUCCAGUGAUAAUAGGGUUUGUGCCGAAAUCAAUAAAGUGGAGGAAGUUAUUGAUAAAGAUAUAUGUGGGUCUGAUCAGAACAAUGAAACAGACUCCGUACAGAGAGAACAAAUGGUCAUGAUUGAUAACAGUGAAGCUGAGGUACCCAAAUAUGUUGGAAGUACAACCUAUAGAAGUCCUGAUGUGGCACUAAAUGGAAUGAAAAAGGGUGAGUGUAGUCCAGGGAAGGAAAAGGAAGCCGGGGCUACAUCAAAUUUGGAAUGGAACAAACGUAUAGACGUAGAGAAGUGUAGAACCCCCAGAGACAAAGAUAAAGAAAAGAGUGUUAAAAAGAAAAAUAAAUUAAAAAAGAAAAAGAAAGAAGCAGAUUCGCAAGAGAGUGUGAAGAAAACUCUUAACUUGUCAGACAUUUGUACCAACAUGGCUGAUGUCUCAAUCCUCAGUGAUGGAGGGCUGAACACAAGUCAAGUGAAGAGCAGUCAAGAUGACAUAAAAAAUGACAGUACACAGGAGAGAGGUGAGAAUGGCACCAGCAUACCAACUGUAAACAUUACAGAAGUGAGCUAUGAUGUAUUCCUUGGCAAGGAAGACACUGAAGAGAACACUGAAGAGAGUUAUGAAGAUUUCUUAUCCAAACAACAGAAGGAAAAUGGUGAAGACAUUGGUGCAAACAAACAAGACAGUGAUAAACCCACACAUGCUGCUGAACCAGUUAAAAAGAAAAGAGGACGACCUAAGAAAACAGACAGUUUACAUUCUACAAGUCAUGGUACUGGAAAGAAAAUAUUUGUUGGUGAUGAUAGCAAAGACAGUAAAUCUAAGGAUGACAUUCCCACAGAGGGUGUGCAGGAGGUGAGUUAUCUGGACUAUUUAAAUACAAUUGGGGAAGACAAUUCAGAAAACAAAGGAAUUGCAAAGAGAAGUAUUUAUGAUAUUCUUGGAAGAGGUGUUAAGACUAUUAUUUCCCAAGUAGAAGAUGCUGGAUCGACACUAAAACCAAGUGAUGAUGAUGGAACAAACAUUCCAAUGCCAAAACAGUAUCCGUCUAUCACAAAUUUUUUUUCUCAAGUCAGUAAAAAUGAAAAAUUUUACAAGUCAAAACCUAAACAUGCUAAAGCUGAUCAUUUAACUAUUAAGGCCAUGAUUCAUGUACCAGAAAGUCAGAACAAAAGAGAAAGUGUGGAAAAAAGUGACAAAAAACUUGUGGUCAAAAAGAAACAGCUUGCAAAACACAGAAGUGAAGAUUCAAUACAAGUACUGAGUUCAGAGAUAAUUGUUAUAGAAGAUAAAGAAAUGGAUGUUGAUUAUGAUAGGAAUAAGAAAAAUAUGAAACAAGAGAAGGAAGAGAAAAAAGAAUUGGAAGAUAAAGAAGACAUCAUAGAAAUAUCAGAAGAAACCGAAGCAAGGGAAAAGAAAAACUCAUUUUUGCAUAGUGUUGAUGCACCAGAAAAGUCUGUCAAACAGAAAACUUCGCAAGCUACACUUAGUUUUGCAAAGGGAAAUCUGAAAAUGAAUAAAGCAGUAAAGGAAGCUUUGGAAAAAAAUCCAGAAAAGACAAUAUGUGAAAGUACACCAGAGCCAGAAAAAAGAAAAAGGGGUCGACCCAAGAAAACUUGUGAGAAAGAAAAUGUCAAGACAAAGCAGCAUAACUUGAGUGAGACAAGUCACAACUCAAGCCAAUCAAGUCAGAACUCAAGUCAAGUGUUUGAAGAUAAAUCUGAAGAAGAAAAUGUGAAGGAGGAAAGAGCCAGUCAAAGUCUAGCUGAGAGAAGAAAAUCAAUCCGACUAAAAUACAAGGUCAAACUUUUACAAAAUUCUGACGCUGGCUCUCCUAUCAGGAUGAAAUUUAUGAGGUGUGCAAAGAGUAGUAGUGGAAGUAGCCAGGAUGAAACAUUCACUCCAAAGUCUAAGGAAAAGGGCAAAAAUAAGAAAAUGCAGAGUAAAGCUCAGAAAUUGUUAGCAAAGGCCAAGAAAGUGAAGGGUAACCAGAAAAAUCUCCAAGCUGAUUGCAAAGGCAAAACCAGGAAAGUCAAAAAGACGGAAACCCCUGACAAAAUAAUCAGUGAGGCCAAGUCUGAUUCUGAGGAUAAAGAAUCGGGAGGACGAAGGAGAAGCUCAAGAUUGUCAGACAGACAGAAGAGUCUAAAGGAGAUUGAGAUUGUAGAACUGGAUGAUGAAGAUGAAGACACAAAUGAUUCUUGUUACACACCUAAGAAGAAAUCAGGGGCUCAGAAGCAGACACCAGCUAAAAAAUCCAAAGUGAAGAAUAUAGCAUCAAUAUUCUUAAAGAAAAAGCCUAAGGCUGCAGCAGAUAGCCCUGUGAAGAGAAUUAUAGAUCCUGAGGCAGAGAAGUUAAAGAGAGCCUUCUUAAUGAGUGGGAUUCCAGCAGAGUUAAAACAAAGUAUUACAGCAGCAGCAGUAGCGACCGUGGCUAAUUAUCCUCCUUUUCCUCGAGACAAUCACAUCCAGCAGAAAUCCGAGUCUAGGAUGUGGAGCAUGGUGGAGGUGAUUCUUAGGACUGUGACUCAAGCUGAUUUUUGUACAAAGAUAUCACAGCCAUGGUGUCUGGGUAUCACAGACAGACAGCAAGGGACACAAACUCUGAAAUUUGAGAAACCUGUGAUGUGUGAGAAAUUUAAAGAUGAUACCCUCAGCUGUUUACUGAAGGAGGUCAGCCAGGUCUGUACGUCAUUUCCCACACAGAAAAUGUACAGCAUUCUAAAGGAAAAGCAGGAGGACGAAAUCAUUGAGGAAAUAGAAGAGAAGUCCAAAGAGAAGGAAAAGAAGGGGAAGCCAGAAAAAGAAAAACCCAGGAGAAGUUUGAGGAGAAGGAAAGAGGUGAUAGAAAUUAUUGAUGUUGGAGGCAGCCCUGAAUCUAAGGCAGACCAAGACAAGAUGGAGGACAAACAGGAGAACGUUGCCCCCACCCUGUCUUGGCCUGAGAAGUACCAGCCUUUUCACUCGUCUGAGAUUAUUGGUAACACAGCUAUCAUCAAGAAGCUGAAAUCUUGGCUUCUAGAGUGGAAACAGUGUCUGGACAAAGAGGCUAAGAAAGCCAAACUGUUAAUGAUGAAAGAGAAAAAGAAGAACAAAACACUGAAUGAGGAAGAGGAGGAAGAGGAGUGGUGGACAGAUGAUGCCAGUGACUUUGAUAUGGACAGUGACUCUGAUGAGGAGGAGAGACUCUGUAAUACUGCAAUGCUGACCGGUCCCCUAGGAGUGGGCAAAACGGCCACUGUCUACGCAUUAGCACAGGAACUUGGUUUUAAGGUUUUUGAGGUGAAUGCAUCAUCCAGCAGAAAUGGCAAGAGAAUUCUGGCUCAGCUACAGGAAGCCACACAAUCACAGCAGGUCUCCAAGCACCAGUUCAGUGGAACCGGCACACCCAAAAAACUGAAAAAUCCGCCAAAUGUGGUUUCAUCUACUAAACAAAAACCCACAGUGUUCACCAAUUUGUUCAAGAAAGCAGCAACACCAAACUCUGUCACUCCCACUGAGGAAAAAAGCAAACCAGGCAGGAAGAAACGGAAAAGAGACGAAGACACUGACAAGGACUACAAGGCAGAGAAAGAACAGAAGAGAAGGAAGAAAGGGGAAGACACCACGAAGAUAGUUCCACAGGAAAAGAAAAAAAGUCUUAAUCUUUCCUGUACAUCACUUAUCCUGUUUGAUGAGGUUGACUUGGUGUUUGAAGCUUUUGACAAGGGCUUUUGGGCAGCAGUGAAGAAUUUCAUGGACACCACAAAAAUUCCCAUCAUUCUGACCAGCAAUGAUGUCUCCUUACCACAGAAGUUUGAAGGCAGAUUUGAACAUUACAAGUUCAAAGUACCCCCAGUAGUUCCUACCUCUUGCUACUUGAGACUGGUGGCUUUGGCGGAGAAUGUUAGGAUGGACUGGGACGAAAUUGUCAAUCUUGUUUCCAUUUUCAAUUCUGACAUUCGUCGGGUGUUACUGACCUUGCAGUUUUGGCUUAAUUCUGGAGGAGGUCGUAAGGUCAAGAGGUCAAUCAAAGAAAAAGAACCUGAAACACCUCAGCAGGGUCUUCCACGUGUGCCAGUUAUUGAUGAAAAUUCCUGUUCCCAGGAUGCAUUUGUAGGGUUCAGAAGUGGAACAGGAACUGAUUUGAACCUACUGGGUAAUGAUGAGGAUGAUGACUUUGUGUCCAUUAAACCAGUAGCAUGUAAAAGGAAGCAGGUAAUCUGUGAUGAUGAGGGGUCUAAUCUCACUCCACCUGUACAUGAUAAAGUCCUGAUGGAUGCUCAGAAAUGUCCUGCCAUGAAUGUGUCCUGUCUAGAGAGUAUGCUGGGACUUCCUAUAAAAAAUGAAAUGGGCAUUCUUGGAUUUCUUACCAAAACUCUUAAGGAAGGUGACAGCAGGAGUGAAGAGCUGGCCAUCCAAGCCUGUCAACAGUACCUGAAGUUAAAAGUGGAUCUGCUGUACGGCCACCACCUAGACAUGUUACCUCUACACAAAGUCACGGUGGAUAACCUGGGACCUAUAAAACAAGCUUCCUCUCCCCUCAAAACCAAAAGAAGGAGAAUCAAAAUCAUCUCGGAUCUUUACGACAGUGAGGGGUCAGACAGCGAAUCUACAAAUGUCACAGAGAUUAGUCCCAUUGUUGAAAAGUCGCAUAAACAAAGCGAGACAAACUCAAAGGAGCUCAUAGGGUCUUUGAGUGAGAUGGCUCAUUUCUAUGACAGUUUAUCAUUUAUGGACAUGCUGCGGUAUCAGGAAGAGAGGAUCAUGGGUAAUCAGAACAGUGGGUGUGGAGUGACUGAGGAACCGCGGCUACAUGAACAUUCAGAGUUCUGGAUGGAGGACCAUACUAGUGCAGUAUGCUCCACUAUUGAGUGGAAAUGUUUUAGUAAGCUCCAUCGUAAACUGAACGAAAUAACCGUAAGUCUUCCAGACAAAGAAGAUGAGAGAUUUAAAAUUCCUGUUCUUAAUGGUAGAAGUUCUACUCUGACUCAUGGAUUAGCUAGUCCAGAUAACAGAUCUCAGAGCUCAGUUAAAAAAGCAUAUGAAAAUGUAUUGUCUAGUCUGCCUUUAUCAGUAACUGGCCAGAAAUCUGUUGUCAUGUCAGAUUAUCUCCCCUACCUAAGAUCCAUAACCAGGGAUGAACAGAUAAGACAGGCAGCUAAAAUCAAAAGAAGGUUCCACCAUUAUUUUGAUCAGAUAGGACUUCCUCUAAAGGACCAGACCCUGGAAGUUUUAAGAUUGUCUCUUCCUUUGAAUAGCUGAUUGAUGUACUGUGAUUUUAAAAUUUCUGUAUAUUUUAUUAUAUUCUUCUAUGUGUGCAAGUAAGUGUAUUUCCUAUUUGCAAAUUCUUAAUACAUUUCAGAUGCAAUACUGUAUGAAUUACGGGUGACAAAAACUUUGAAAUAGUGAAUGUCAAUCCUAAUGGACUUUAGUUAGAAUGUAAUAUUUUAUUUAAGUGUAAUUGUCAGGAUGGGGAACUUAAAAAUGAUUUAAGUAAUGAGUCUGGAGUGGUUUCUAAAUAUUGUGUAAUAUCCUUUUAUGUAGAAAUAACUUAAUAUGUAGAUAAAUUAUUAAAUUAUGUAUAAAAAAAAGAUUCAUACUGUACUACAAGUAUUAUAGA